AAAUAUGCAACCAUUCUUUGAACUAGAGAAACAAAUACAACAAUUUUCUUUCCUCGCUUCUCUUCCAUGUUCAUCAGUUCACUACUGAAACUAUUAACUUUGAAAUAAAUGCUCAGGCUAAAUGUGUACUGCUCUUUAGUGCCUGGACCAAGACAAAUCAAGAUUGGAAGCAGAUUUGCUUCAUGGGUAGUUCAGUAUCACAGAGCACAGAAGUUACCUCAGAGGAUUAAUGCUGUAAAUGAUGAGAUGGAUGGAGGGACUAGCGGAUUACCUCGUCCGAGGUGGGACCCUGGUCUGGAAUUCGAGGUCCCUUUUGAGCAAAGGCCGGUGAAUGAGUACUCAUCUCUGAAAGAUAGUGUUUUAUAUUCAUGGGGCGAGCUGAGUCCAGGUUCCUUUUUCCUACGUCUUGGAGGUCUCUGGUUGGUGACUUUCACAGUUCUAGGGGCACCAAUUGCAGCUGCAAGCUUCAAUCCUUCAAGGGAACCUCUACGAUUUGUUCUUGCAGCUGGAACAGGAACCCUUUUUCUUGUGUCACUAAUAGUCCUUAGAAUUUAUCUGGGAUGGAGUUAUGUUGGUGACAGACUUCUAUCAGCAGUGAUACCUUAUGAAGAAAGUGGAUGGUAUGAUGGACAAAUGUGGGUAAAACCGCCAGAGAUAUUGGCUCGUGACAGGUUGUUGGGCUCAUAUAAGGUCAAACCAGUUAUCAAAUUGCUGAAACAAACACUAGUCGGAACAGGGGCAUUAUUAGUUUCAGCAGUGUUGUUAUUUAUCUUUGCUACCCCAGUAGAGGAUUUCAUUCAGAACACUUUUGCAACAGGAGCAAACUCAUCCAAUGUUUCAGCUUCAAAGAUCAACAAAAAAAACAAUAUAAGAAAAGACGAGCUGCUAAAAUUGCCCGUGGAGGUGAAGUCUGAUGAUGAUCUAGCAGCAGCUGCUGCUGAAGCUGCUGAUGGAAGGCCAGUCUACUGCAGGGAUAGGUUUUAUCGUGCAUUAGCAGGAGGCCAGUACUGCAAAUGGGAUGACCUAGUUAAGUAAUCAAGACCAAGAAAAGCAUAGAUCAUGUUCACAUUCAAGUUACUUUUUUUUCUUUUUUUUUUAAAGUCACAUUCAAGUUACCUAUAUAUGGUUUGUUAUUUGUACUCACUAGGGUAAAAACAAGUUCAAUAUAUUAUUCAUUAUUUUUAGGGAAACAAUUAA